GAAUCAUGGAAUGGUUUGGCUUGGAAGGAACCUUUAAAGGUCAUCUAGUUCCACCCCUCCUGCCAUGGGCAGAAGCACCUGCCACUGGACCCUGUUGCUCAGAGCCCCAUCCAGCCUGGACAGGGGAGUGUGGACAAGAUGGAGGCAGGCUCUUGCAGGGAUGCACAGUCAGAGGACAAGGGACAGCAGCACAAGCUGCAGCUUCUCUUCACCAUGAGCUCAGUCAGACUCUGGAACGGGACUCAGAGAGGCCGUGGGACCUCUGUCCGUGGAAAUACUCAAAGAUGGACUGGAUGAAGCCCAGAGAAACAUGAUUUAACCCUGAAGUAAAUCCUGAUUUGAGCAGUAGGUUGGACCAGACACCUCCAGAGUCUCAUUCCAGCCCAUUUUAGCCAUGAAUCUACACUCAGAGAAAGCCACUGCCACUCAUCCCUGCCAAGGUGGCGUCCCUGGCUUUGUUUUGUGAUAAUGAGCCAUGGUUGUCCAGGAGGUUGCCAGGGAGGCUGACAUCAGACAUCCCUUCCCUACAGAAUAUCGUGCACAGCAGCACCACCAGCUCUGAAUCUGCAAAUGAGUGGGGAGGGCACUCGGGGGAAGCCCCAGAGGUGUUUUGCGUCACUGGCCCAGGUUGCCUAGCGCUGCUGGGACUGGAGAAGGGACACCAGCUCCAGGGGCCUGUCUGAUCUUUCCCCCUGCGUGUCCUCUUUGAGAGCCACACGCCGCUGGGCACGGAGCAGAGGAGCAGCCGAGGUGAUGGCAGGGGAGGCAGGGGUGCUGGAGCUGCCCUUCACCCGCGAUGAGCAGCUCACGCAGCGCAUGCGGCUGCGAUUCCAGAGCCUGCAGCAGAAGAACACAAGGCCCCAGGACGGCGAGAAGCUGCUGCGCCCCAACGAGCACAUCUACCGGGUGGAUUUCAUCCGGCAGCACCAGCUGCGCUUCCUGCGCUGGGACGUGCAGCUGGAGAGGCCCGGGAAGGUCACGGUGACCGGCACCUCCCAGCACUGGACCCCGGAUCUCACCCACCUGAUGAACCGGCAGCUGCUGGAGCCCGUGGGCAUCUUCUGGAAGAAGCUGGGGGCCAAGGAGGUGGAGUGCAAUGAGGCAGAUGCCCAGGAAUUCGGGGAGCGGAUAGCAGAGCUGGCCCAGAUCCGCAAGGUGAUGUAUUUUCUCCUCACUUUCACUGGCGGCCUCGAACCAGCCCAGCUGAAAGGCUCCAUUGUCUUUAAAGCCUGAUCCCCUUUUGCUCAGCUUUUCUCGCUCCAGCAAUGCUUCUUUCAGUUCAGUUCUUUGUUCCAGUUUUACAUCUGGUUGUUUUUUUUUUUAAUGAGAGACAGCACUGGGGUAAAGCAGAGAACAGUUCAGUAUUUCUGGAGCCCCUCAGGCCUGUGAAAUAUUCCCCAAGUGUGCUGCCCUCUGUCCAAAUGAUGGGAAGAACAGGACCAUGAGCUUGCUGCAUUUGCCUGGAAUACAAGACUGUGUGCUUGUGAGUUCAUUGUGGAUUCACUCAGGGUCUUACUGGCUUGGAAAUAGGUGGCUGCCCUACGUCCUCUCACUGUAGCAACUGCGCACCACAAACCUGCUGGAAAAAUAAGGAAUUGUCAUACCCAGUUGGACCCCUGGAGAGAGCCCUGCUGUCUAGAUUCCAUCCUGGACAUUAGAAAGGGAGGGCUUGUUUGUGAUGGAGUUUCUCUCCUUGCAAGGUGCUGAGUGCUUGCAGGCUCUGGUGACUCGUGCUGCUGCUGUGGCUGCUUGGAGUCUCUGAAGACCAGUCCCAUGGAGAAUCCACCUUGCUGUGAAGCUGAAGU